CCUUUGACAUUAGUUGGUCUGAUGAGCUUAGAUGGCGCCAACCAACAACAAGUCGGUAACAUUGGAGAUCAACUUCUAUAAAGAGGACAUAGUGAAGUCAACCAACAUGGAGGACGAACGUGACGUCAAAACAGGACUUGAAGAAAGUUGUACUUUUAUCUUUAAAAAGCGUAAGACACGAAACACGGACUAUCGGAAGAGGCCGAAAUCGAGUUCUGAAGAAGAAAAGUCCAACAGCAGCGACGAAGAACCGUCAGUGAAACGUCCAAACCAUCGCAAGUCGAAGAAAAACCCCAAUGUUCAAAGUACGAGUAAAAAAAAGCAGCAAGAAAAUGAAAAUGUUAAUGACUCGAGUAGUGAGGAAGACCUCCUGGUUAGUUACAAGUCGAAGCGCUCCGCAAUGGCCGAAGGCCCCACCGAUCAAGGAGCCACGGCGAUUUUGGAAAUUGAAACCGAGCGAGACAGAGACGCGCAAGCCCUCUUUGAAAAGCGGUUAGAGAUCAACAAAGAACUGGAAGGCAAAGAAGAUGAUAAAGUAUACAGAGGGAUUAACAAUUAUACGCAAUACUACAAACCAAAGGACACCGCUGCGGGUAAUGCCAGUUCCGGGCUUGUAAGAAAGGGCCCCAUUAGGGCCCCGGCCAAUUUGCGCGCCACCGUCAGAUGGGACUAUCAGCCGGAUAUUUGUAAAGAUUACAAAGAAACGGGGUUUUGCGGGUUUGGGGACAGUUGUAAAUUUCUGCACGACCGGAGCGACUAUAAACAUGGAUGGCAGUUGGAGAGGGAGUGGGCUGAGGGCAAAUAUGGACAAGAAAGCGACGAAGACAAAAAAUACGAAAUCGAUUCAGAUGACGAGGAUUUGCCUUUUAAAUGCUUGCUUUGCAGGGAGAGUUUCACUGACCCUAUUGUCACCAAAUGCAAGCACUACUUCUGCGAAAAGUGUGCUCUGGAAAGAUACAAGAAAUCGGCUCGGUGCUUCGCCUGCAACGCCCAAACCAGCGGCGUCUUCAACCCCGCCAGAAAACUAAUAGCGCGUCUCAACAACGAAGAAAAGCCGAAAAAGGCCGACAGCUCCAAUUCCGACUCGGACUGACUCCGUCCACCAAGACCUUCACAACAAAUAAGUACUACUAAAUAAUAUCACGAUAAAAAAAUAAAUGUUAUGUAUAUAAAACUAAA